UCACGAUUUGAAGCACGUGGUCACUUUGAGGCGUCCAGUAUAUAACAGAACAAACAGCCCGGCACGGACGCAAACUUCUCCCGGCGACAUGAAGGCAGCUCUGUUCCUGGCCGCCGCCCUCGCGGCCGCCCUCUGCAUAUCGGCUGCGUCAGCUGCGCCGGCACACUCGCUGUCCAAGCGCGGGGUGUUCUCCUCCUGCUUCCCCUGCCUGAGGAAGGCUCCCACCGGGGGCAGCUCCAAGGGCGGCAGCAGCAUCCACGCCGCGCCCGCCUCCUCCCAGCCGUCGCCGAAAAAGAAUGAAGGAAAGGGCAAGGCUGGUGCAAGCCACCCAUUCGGUCAGCUGCCUGCCAUUCCAAGGGGCGGCGCCGGCGGCGCUUCUGGGCCAAACCGACAGCCUCUGAAGGACAUCACCAACACCCAUCCAUCUGGGAGACAUUAGGACGACGGGGCGCAAGUUUUACGGGCGACCGUUUUUCGACCCAUUUGGGUUAAAAUGAAUAUUGACCAAUAAAUACGCCAUUGGGGCACAACUCA